AUGGACGAGCUCAAGCAAGGGCCGGCUCUGGAAACUUAUCCAGUCACAAAGAAGGACGAAGAUGUCAGCCAAGGUUCAGUCACAGAGAUUGCUCCCAAUUCUCAAUCGCUGCACCGGAGUCUUCGAGGCAAAGAAGUCCAACUGUUCGCAAUUGGUGGAGCAAUUGGUACCUUACCAUCGCCCUUCAUCCGUUUCGGUAGCGCAUGGGUAGAUGACGCUCUCGGCUUUGCGAUGUCGUGCAACUUCUACCUGAACAUGGCGAUCCUGGUGCCAUUCGAAAUUGUAGCCAUGAAUAUCCUGAUAACAUUCUGGACCGACAAAGUGCCUGUCGAGGCUGUCAUAGUGGCGAUGAUCGUUCUCUAUGCCUUCCUGAACACGAUCACUGUGCGGUACUUCGGCAUCUCGGAGUUCUACAUGUCCAUCUUCAAAGUACUGCUUGUGAUCGGACUCUUCUUCUUCACCUUCAUCACCAUGGUCGGAGGCAAUCCUCUGCAUGAUGCUUACGGCUUUCGGUACUGGAAGGAUCCUGGAAGUUUUGUUGAGCAUCUGGAGCCUGGCGGAACAGGAAAGUUCUUGGGCGUACUUUCUUGCUUGUACCAGGCGAGUUUCUCGUGUCAGNNGAUCACUGGACCAGAGUAUAUCUCGAUAGUCGCAGCAGAGACCGAGAAUCCACGUAAAGUCUUGCCGCCUGCGUUCAGAUCGUUCGUCUGGCGAUUGCUUGUAUUNUUCGUAGGUUCUGCUUUGUGCAUGGGGAUCGUCAUACCUUACAACGAUCCAACGCUCCUGCGGAUACUUGGCGGUGACAUCGGAGGAAGUGGCACUGGCGCUGCAUCCCCCUAUGUCAUUGCAAUGCAAAGACUCAAGAUCUCUGGCCUACCUAGUCUGGUCAAUGCUCUGAUUAUGACAUCUAUCCUGAGCGCAGGUAACGGCCUCCUGUACUCAGCUGCUCGUACGCUUCAUGGAAUGGCGCUUGAAGGUCAUGCUCCGAAGAUCUUCUCUCGCUGUACCAAGAAGGGCGUCCCCCUCUGGGCUUUAUGUUUUUCGUUAUGCUUCUGCCUUCUUGCUUUCUUACAAGUCAAGAGUUCUUCGGCAGUCGUCUUGACCUAUCUCGUGGACCUCAUCACCUGCUGUCAGAUGCUCAACUAUGGAUUCACGGCACUGACAUACCGACACUUCUAUGCAUCGCUGAAGAAACAAGGCGUCUCAAGAGACACACUUCCAUACAAGGGCAAAUUCCAGCCCUACACAUCCUAUAUUGCCAUGGGAGGUACUCUUUUCAUGCUUCUCGCAGGAGGCUACGAUGUCUUCCUCAAAGGCCGUUGGAGUGUGAUGUGGUUCUUCUUGGAUUAUGCAAUGAUAGGAUUCUUUAUUGCAGCAUUCAUUUUCUGGAAGGUGGUUUUCAAGAGCACCUAUGUCCGGCCUGGUACUGCUGAUCUGAGCCUUGGUGGUUUGAGGGAGGAGAUUGACGCAUACGAGGCUACAUUUGUUCCACGAGAGUCAGAUAGAGUUGGACGGGUGCUCAACAAGAUUUUUGAGUAG